GUGCCCGCCCCAGCCACCUCAAACGCAUCGAUCACGUUCCACACUCAAAAUACUCUCAAAUCCGAACUUGAAAAACUUGACAAUUAUUCAAAAAUGGAAGACGUCAAACUUGAAAUUAUAGAUGAAGCCACCGCCGAUUGUCUUUGCGGUCAUUCCUACGACAGUGAACAGUUCAUGAUACAGUGUGAUGUCUGUAAAAAGUGGUAUCACGGAGUGUGUGUGUCCGUUAAGGAAUACAUGUCGACAGAUCUGGAUAAAUAUCACUGUCCACGCUGUGAUGUUACUCAUGGGCCUUCCCAUUCAAAAACAAGAAUGAACUGGCAUCGCCACGAGUACUCGGAGCCGGACGCCGACGCGAAACCAGUGCAAACAGGCACCCCAGUGUUCAUCCGCGAGCUCAAGUCCCGGCAUUUCCCAAAAGCCGACGAGAUAGUAAAGAACGUCAGAGGCCAGCAACUCACCCUGCAGUACCUCGAGGCAAACGGUUUCGAGACCCCCUUCAUAAUAGACGGAAAGGACGGUCUCGACAUGACAGUUCCCCCUCCCAACUUCAGUGUCUACGACGUCGCGAGCUACGUAGGGGGUGACCGAGAGAUGGACGUCAUCGACGUGACCCACCAGAACAACAUCCGCAUGAAAUUACGUGACUUCGUCGAGUACUACAACGACCCAGGUAGAACGAGAGUCUUCAACGUCAUCAGUCUGGAGUUUACAGACACUCCACUGUCGCAGAUGGUGGAGGCCCCUUACAUUGCUCGUAAAUUGGACUGGGUGAAUUCGGUCUGGCCUCGAGAGAUGGCAGACGACAACGAGUUCAAACGUCCUGAGGUCCAGAAGUACUGUCUCAUGGGGGUCAAGGACAGCUACACAGACUUCCACAUAGACUUCGGUGGCACCUCAGUGUGGUACCACGUGCUGAGGGGUGAGAAAGUAUUUUACCUAAUAAAACCCACCCCAGCCAAUAUCCAGUUGUAUCAGCAGUGGAUGAGCAGUUCGAGCCAGAGCGAAACGUUCUUCGGGGACCAGGCUGACGCCUGCUACAAGUGUGUCCUGAAGGAGGGCCAGACUAUGAUGAUACCCACCGGCUGGAUUCAUGCCGUCCUCACGCCGGUCGACUCCCUCGUCUUCGGUGGGAAUUUCGUUCACAGCUUAAACAUUCCCAUGCAGAUACAGAUUUACGAGCUCGAGAGGAAGAUGAAGACACCUGCUAAGUACCAGUAUCCAGGCUUCGAAACCAUCAACUGGCUGGCGGCAAGGAAACUCCUGAAGGAAUUGAAGGAUCUCAAUCACGAUGGGAAAAAGUGCCCAGAGUACUUUCUCCAGGGGGUGAAGGCACUCCUGGCUAUUUUGAAGCAGUGGAAUACUGAUAAGGAUUAUAAUACUGUGAGUAGAAGUCAAAUCCCUCGGAUUAUCAACAGCCAGAAAUUGUUGAAAGAGCUUAGCAAGGAGAUUCGCCAUGCCGAGAGGUAUUUAAUGACUCUGAAUCCACCCAAACCAGAGCGUGAGAGCAAGAGGAAAAAACGAAAACCUGUGAAUAAGGAUUUUGUGGAUUUUGAAGCCGCUGAGAAGCUCACGGAAAACGCAUUUAAAGCUAAGAUUGGAAAAGUUGAGAGGGUUGAUCCAGAGAUCGAGCCUUUGAACUCGCCCAUUAAAACCUGCAUCAAAUUAACACUUCCUAAAAACAUCAUCAAUUUACACAGCAGUGGAAAGACAGAUCUCAAAAGUUUGGACAAGAGAAAACACGAGGGCAUCAGUCUAUUAUCGAAACCUGGGAAGCAGAGCCCCACUGUCAUAAGGUUCAAACUGGGGGACAAUGAGGUUGUUAGAAGUACUAAUGAGAAGGUCAAUGUCUACGGAAAUUUCGCGAUUGAUUCGUCGAUCGAAACGAGGAAGGAGUUCACGUGGAAGCAGACGUCGAUCUACGAUUUUCAUGAUGGCAGCAAUGAGAGCGAUCAUGGAGGGGGUUUCACCAUCGAUGAGGCGCCGAAGAAGAAGAAAUCUUCGAAAUCUGGGGGGAAUAAGAAGAGUAAGAAGGUGGAGCAGAUGCAGGUGGUGGAUGAUGCACCGAAGAAUGGGAUUGAGGAGUUGCUGAAGGCUUCUGCCUAUGCACUUCCUUCCUCUGGGUCGAGGAUUGAAACUGGGAUUCCCACGAUGCCGACGCAGACGCAGAUUGGUUCUGGCAGGGCAUCACCAUCGACGCGUGAGGCCAUUGCGGGAAUGCUGUCGUUCAGCGAGCAGUGUUACUCGACUCAGACUGGUACCUCGAAAAAGUCGAGUGCUAAGCCUCGAACAGUUGAGUAUCACGAGGAUGAGGACGACCAGUCGAUCGAGAAUAUUGAUAAGGUCCAUCAAGACGACGAUUUCAUUUAUCCAGCUUUAGAUGCCUCUGACGACGAGGAAUACAUAUUCAAGCCUCGGGGGAAACGACGUGUUGACGAGGCUUGGAAUCCGAAAGCACGUGUUGGUCCUCUUUUACCUAAGACUAAUCGACCUGCUCGAGAGGGAGCCAAGAAGACUUCAGUGGAAAAGGGAUUGGAAGCUGCUGCUGCUAAAAGAGCUAAACUUGCUACAACGUCGAAGCGCAUUUCAAAAAAGCAGAAGAAGGAAAUGAAAGCAUCUGCCAAGGCGGUAGUUAAACCAACAGGUUCAGUGCAGUCAACGACUAUCAGUGAAAUACCACCGUCAUCUGUAAUUAGUUACAGCUCUAUUCUAACCAGUCCCAACAGACUGAAGGACGUGAAGGCGAAACUAGCAGCGCCUGUUCCCAUUGAACGCAAACCGAGGAAGGGCAUGAAAACAGCCAAGCAGCGCCUGGGAAAAAUUCUAAAACUUCACAAAAUGAUGCACUGAGUCACGGAAUCAUCCAUCCAUCUUCAUGUACAUUGUACAUUACUGUAAAUACUGUACACACUGAUGAGUUUUUACGAUUUUUUUUUCAUACAGCAGUGAAUAGAAAACGUUCAGGCCUAUUUCGAAUGAGAUUCGAUGGUGUGGACGCCCAGUGUUUAUUAUUAUUUUGAUUUUAUUUAUGCGGACUCUGUUUCUCGGUUUUUUUACAAUCGUUUGACGAACUAUUGUCACGUUGACCAUUCAGUAUUAAUGAGAACAUCUUUAGUUUUAUUUUAGUGAUUUAUAGGUAUGAAUGUAUCAUGUGUAUCACAGCUUAUUGUCCAAUUUUAUUAUUAAAUGUUUUUUACUGAUCA